CACACACACACGUGCGCGCCACACACACGCACAGACACAUACACACACACGGGACGGCAGGAUUAAAUCUGAAGCCACAGGGAUCCUGCGCUGACCCGGGAUGGAGACACAGACACUACACAUGAGGGGGGCUUCUUCUUCCGGCAUAAAGAACUCAGGAUCCAGUGGGAAUGCUAAUGCACCGGCAGAGCCGACCGCAAACAGCUCCAGCCUCCAGCCUCUCUCCCCGUUGGCUCGCUUCUACAUCUACUCCCUGCAUGGCUGCCUCUGCGAGGUGGCCUUCACGGCCACAUGUGACUGGUACGACACCCGGGACAGGAGACUGGCAGGACACAGCAGCUUGUGGUCCCUGCCCAUGUACGCCUCAGCCAUCUUCCUGAUGGAGAGGCUGAGGGCUGUGCUGCUGGCCCGCCGCUGGCUGCUGGCGAUGCGCCUGGUAGCCUACACCCUGUUCAUCUACCUGUGGGAGCUCAGCUGGGGCCUGGGGCUGAGGCUCCUGGGGGCCUGCCCCUGGGACUACUCCGGGUACCGCUACAACCUGGCGGGGCUGGUGACUCUUGAGUACGCGCUGCCCUGGGCUGUGGCAUCGCUGAUUGCAGAGAAACACGUGAUACGGAACACUCUGAGAAUCAGGCUGGAGCCGUGAGGCGGGACUGGACUUUCAUGGCCUUGUGGAUUGAUUGGUCGUGUCAUAGGGCCCUUAUCAUAAUACAAAUGUAAUUAAAGGUGUAAACAUU